AUGGGUAAAGAAUCGAAUAUACAGGCUGCAAACUAUAUAUUGGAGUCAAUCAUUAGAGAUUUAGGAUUCUUAAAAGAUAACAACUUUUUACCACAUCAAACAUAUCAGGAAGUCGUUGCUUUACUACCCAAUCAUAUAUCUGCUGUGGAUGAUACCGUUCCUAGACCUCCUUUACCUUUACGUAAAUCAAAUUCAAACACUACUACACAUCAAUUGACUCCUCCACAACCAAGAGAAGUGAGCAAUGGUCCCAAGUUGUCUGUCAGACGUACAAAUGAUUGGUCACCUCAGCCUAUAGCCAUGCCUUUACCUGUUGUUAAUGCUAGACAGCUUGAACCUGAAAAGGUUCAUACAACUCCUCCUCCUCCUGCCUAUGCGGAACAGAACAAUAGCAAUGUGAUUGCUACUGCUGAAGCAUUAUAUGAUUACCAUGGGGAUGACCCUACUACUGACUUAUCAUUUAAACAAGGAGACAUUAUUGAAGUCAUCGAAUAUGUGAACGAUGACUGGUGGAAAGGAACAACUCAUGGCAAGACCGGUAUAUUCCCUCAAAACCAUGUCAAGAAAUUACCACCUCCUGUUAAAGCAAAACGUCCUUGGACACCCCAGCCUCCUGCUAAACCUUCAAAUGAUCAUCUCUAUAACAAUAAUGCACUUGCCAAUAAUAAUUAUAAUAAUAACGUCCCCUCAUAUCCUGCCACCCCAGGUGCACCCUAUGCCUAUCCACCUCCUCCUACCACUAUAUACCAACCACCUCCACCAGCACAAUCUUAUGGUCCACCGGUUGUUGCAGUCGCACAUGAAGAAGAGAAAGAAAACAAGGUUUCCAAUUUGACAAAGAAAUUUGGUGGACAAGUCGCAAAUGCUGCCACCUGGGGUUUUGGUGCCACACUUGGCAGCAUGGCCGCAGAUGCAAUCUUUUAA